CUCCCCGGUCCUCGCUGAACUAGGGGGGCAUGUGAGCCCUCCUUCGGAGACCGCUUGGGAGCGGAACGACCCGCGCGACGCCUAUUUUGCUUCCUUUCGCCAUGGGGCUACCUCUGCUGCUGGGUCUGCUGCUUUCCCGAGCCGGAGGAUUCCAAGUUGUGUCCUCUGAGGAGCCAAACAACUGUGUAACAGCUGAGACCCUUUGUAUAGCUGACCUUUCCUGCAGUGCCACCUAUCAGACACUGCAAAACUGUUCCCACCAUCUUUCUAAGAACAGUUUUAUCCUUCUGCACCAUGAAGCCAGGAACAGAUGCACAGAGGCACAAGUAAAAAUGAGAAAUAGUCAUUUUCAGCACUGCAAAUGUCACCGACGUGCACAGAAGAAGGAAGAGCGGUGCUUGCAAAUCUACCAGGCUCUUCAUUCAACUUUAACACAAGAUGACUUUCAUUUGGAGAUGGUUCCCCAUAGGGAUAUAGCAAAUGAAGAAACUGUGAAGACAAAAUACAAGAAGCUGGCAACUCGAGUCUCAGGUUCCCAUAUAGCUGAAGAUAGCACAAAUCCCUGCCUGCUAGCCACUAAUAUUUGCCAUCUGGACCAUAAAUGCAUGCGUCAGCGCUCACAGUAUGCUCAGGCUUGCAGCACAGGAUACCCCUGUGACCAACGCAGAUGCCACCGAAGUCUGAGACACUUCUUUGAGAAGGUCGAUGUGGAUUUCACAAAGAGGCUCCUCUUUUGCCCUUGCCAAGAUGAAGUUUGUGGAGAACGACGCUGGAACACAAUUGUCCCAGAAUGUUCUUUCCAGAGCAGCAGCAAGCCCAAUUGCCUCUUCUUGCUGGAGUCCUGCCUGAAGGACAGUGUCUGCAGGUCCCGGCUGGCUGAUUUCCAAGAAAAAUGCAAAUCGUUACAGGCAUCCACAGAUGGCUGCUCUCCACAGAGUUAUGCUGCGUGCCUGCAGGCUUACAUGAAGAUGAUUGGUACAUCUUUGACCCCCAAUUAUGUGAGCAAUUCCAGUGCUGAGAUCACACUUUGGUGCUCCUGCAAAAACAGUGGCAAUCAUAAAGAGGACUGUGAUCAAAUUCUUCAUUCAUUUUCCAACAACAAAUGUCUCAAUAAUGCAAUCCAGGCUCAGAUGAAUCUUGACCAGAAGAAUAAGGAGAUUCAGGACCAGCUACAAUUCACCCCUUCAUUGGACUUUCAAGGAGAUGGCACCAGCACAAUGUUCACUGAAAAACUGUAUCAGGAACCUAAGGAGGAGGAGAAAAAGAAAGAUUCAGAAAUUCUUACCCUCAACCAAAAAUCACGUAAUAAUUCUGAAUACCCUGGAGCUCAGUUUCCCUCACUCAUCUUGACCUUAACAUUAGUCUUUCUAUUACUUGGCCCACCUUAACCGAACCUAAAUUUCAUUGCUCCUAUUGUAUAUUUCCUUGAGAAGGGAAACCAGCUUGUUUCAUGCAAAGAGGAAGUAUUGGUCAGUGCACAUUUCUUUACCCUUCUGUCAGCACAGUGGCCCAUUGACUCGCUUUUGUACACGGUUGCGACAAAAGCCAGGGGGGAGGGUUGGGGGGAUUCACAUCCCCCACAGGAGAAAAAAGCAAGCAGGUGGGAGAUUCCUGGGAACGAGUUUUAAAACAUAAAUCAGGGUAAACAUUUCAUAUUCCAAGUAUCCUGCUUUAAGAAGACAAAGAAAAACUAGUACAUCUCUAGUCUGUUAAAUGAUGUGCAAUUUCUGGCCAAAGGAGAACCCUAACAUCUGGAUUGUUUUCAGAACCAUAUUGUAGAGUUGUCUUCCUUUUUAAUCAGCCAAGGCAAAAAUGUUACAAUGUUAAGGGCAUGAUGCUGAAUUGUAGCCUCUGUGCUCAGUUUCUUGUUUGCCCAACUAAUCUUAAUGUAUUAAGUAUUCAGGGGAAAUUUAAUACACCUGAGCUAGGUGGGCUUGUAUGUUUUUCUCCAUAACAUGGAUCUAUCUUAGCAAUAGCUAUGAACUCCAGAUUUUCAUAAGAGUCCGCAUGCAAGCUGCCUAAAAUUUUAUACACAACAGAUCCCUGGACACACCAAAUAUUGUUUGCCAUAAGUUAACAUCCCCUUACAUAUAUUUCUGUACAUUGUGUAGAAUUAAAUUUUAUCCAUGAUCUGACAAUUGUGGAUGUAGAGACUGUGAUAUUAUAUGUUCUUUUGAACUGCAAUGGUAUGUUGUUAAUGCUGUUCAUAGAUUUCUUAUUUACAUUUCUUAUAUGGCCACUGCCAUGUGAUGGCUUCAAGUUUUGAAAGAACCAUCAAUCCAGCAGUUCUUCACUACAUCCCUUUCCCUCUUAUUCUAAAGAACUGGGACAUUGUGGCUGUGAAGUUGACUGUCAUAUGCAAGGAUUAAGGCUGUGCUACAUUCCAUAGUGGUGUUUAUUCUAGAACAAGAUUGUAACACAACCAGUAAUUAUAAUAAUUCUCUACGUUUUAGCAUGUCUUGCAUUUUCUUACUGUGGCAUAGGUUUUUUUCUUCUGAACAGUGAAGGGUCUUUAUACCAUCAAUAUGAAGCUUCAUCUUCAUUUACUGUAGACUUAGUAUCAAAAAAUGAAGGCCUGAUUUGCACAGAUCCCUAUUCCAUUCUGCAGUAGUAACAAUGGUUUAAGGCAAUUAUAAAGGAUUUGUUCCCACUUUUCUUUAUUUGCAGCUAUAUUUGUACAAAGAUUGGAAGCAUGGGUUAUUUUUUAAAAAGGCAAGAAAUUAUAAGUGUUACCUGAAGGAAUAUAUCAAGUGUUAAAUCUUAUUAACAGUUUUUUUCAAACAAUUGUGGUUGUUUGGAAAAUAAAAUAUUAGAACGUAAUGUAGAUUGGAACUAAGCAUUUGAAAUUUUGUAUGAAUCCUGAAGCUGGGGAGUCAUAGAAUCCGUGUAGAUAAAAGUUAAUAAUUUUGCAACACAGGGAAUAGGCUACAGUUUCCAUUAAGAAGACAAGAAUGCGAAGUACUAGAAAGCCCUAAAAUUAAACUUUGUAAUAAGUGCAUAGUCAAAGACAAUUUUUUAAAAAUCACAGCACCAUUUUCCAUGACUGACUUUCUGCAAUUACCACAUUCAGAAUAGAUUUGUAAGAGCUAGAGGUACAACAGUGCAGUUACAAAAAUGAACAUCCAUACUGUAAUGAAUUAAGAAACAUACAGGUAGUCCUCGACUUAUGACCACUCAUUCAGCGACUGCUCAAAGUUACGGUGGUGUUGAACGAAGGGAUUUAUGACCGAUCCCUGAAGUUACAGCUGUUGCGGCACCCCCACAGUCAUGUGUUUAAAAUUUGGGCACUUGGCAGCCUGCCCAUGACU